AUGAAAACAACACCAUCAUCGAAACUAACGACACAAGUGACGACCUCCAAGAUGAAUAUUCCAGUUGUGCGACUCGUGAACGGAAGACUUGAAACUGAAGGCAGAAUAGAACUGCUGCAUGAUGGGAAAUGGGGAACGGUCUGUGAUGACGACUUUGACAAUCUCGACGGUGACGUCAUAUGCAAAAUGCUGGGAUAUAGAGGGGCCAAUCGUGUAUUUGGGACAGCUCAUUUCUCCAAUGGCUAUGGCCCUAUCUGGCAGGAUAACUUACACUGUAUUGGCAAUGAGACAGAUAUAGGAGACUGUCUUUCCAAUGGUUGGGGUAACACAGACUGUGGUCAUGGAGAGGAUGCUGGCGUUUCUUGUGAUCCCUACAGCUUUGGACAUUUCUCUUCCUUCCAAAGAACAACAGUGGGUAAUCCUUGUGUUUUAACAUCUACUCCCUGCCUCAAUGGCGGGACAUGUAUUGUCAACGCUAACUAUGGAUAUACAUGUCAGUGUGCGCAAGGAUUUGGGGGACCGUACUGUCGAAAUGGACUUGCACGAACAACACCAAAGGACGCUUGUCAUAACAACCCUUGCCAAAAUGGCGGCACUUGUUAUCAAACUAGUCCCCAAGAUGGUUAUCAUUGCCUGUGUUCGAAUGGUUAUACCGGGAACUCCUGUGAAACUAUUGAUAUCGACCCGAAGUCAAUCGUCUCGGUUGGGUGUCUUGACAGCGCAUGGAACAUUACUGUACACAUUCCAUCUUUACAAGCAAAGUACCCGGAUUUCAAUCCUAGUGAAUGUUACAUAGGCGUAGAUAAUGUAAAUUGUACAGGACAAGUAAAUGGAAGUUACUUAUACUUCAGGCAUGAUUACUCAGAAUGCAACACCAAAGAAAAGAAUUCAACAGAAGGUGUGGAAUACAGAAGUGAACUGGUUUGUCCCCGUCAUGAUCGACUCUACCACUUCAUAAUUCGAGAAAUUCGACUCCGCAAAAAUCUUCUUUGCAAAUUCUUCUCCAUAAACAGUGCUUCCUCCACACUAAGGGAUCGACUUGUCCACCUUCAGUUUUUCUCUGAUCCCUCACUCUCACGUUCUAAGAAUUUCCACAGUUCUAAAGUUGGAGAAAAACUGUAUGUAAGAGCAUUUAGUGACGUCACAGAUAGCACUCUCAAAAUGAGGCUGUCACACUGUUAUACCACACCAGCAAUCGUUACCGACUCGAAGAUGCAAUAUUUCAUCAUCAGAAAUGGGUGUGUAAUUGAUCCAAAUGCAGUGAUUUUUUAUCAGUCUGCUCAUGAAACAAGGUUCUCUUUUGAGUAUUUUGAGUUUACCACCAGUCAUGACUCUAUGAACCUAUACUGCAACGCUACCUUCUGUCAAUCUAAUGAUCAUUCUCCUGCCUGUCAACCCACGUGUCAUGCCCACGUGAUCAGAAGACUGAAGGGAGAUAAGGAUGAAAUCGAUUUAUCAGAUGAGGAUGGCACUUUCCAAGUAGAUAUGGAUAACAAACAAGUGGCAAAGGUCAAGUCAAAGAAGACCACAGAUCUGACGCCAGCUACUGUUAUUUCUGUUAUAAUUGGAGUCUGUGUUUUAACGUUGUUAGUCAUUGCAGUGGCAGUAAAAACAAAACGGAGCAAGAAUAUUCUGAAGUUAUGA